AUGGUAGCUGGAGAAGACCGCGUCAGGGAGAAUGUGGUGGGCACAACAGACACACAAGCAGCGAACGGCACAGCUGGAGCAGAGUCCGGCUCCAGCAGACGGAAGCUCCACUGCUGCAUCCGAGUGACGACCGUGCAGGUACAGAAGGCCCUGUGGGGGGUCGCCAUGGUGAUGUGCGUGUGCUCGUCCUGGGCAGGCUCCACCCAGCUGGCCAAGCUGACCUUUAAGCAGUUCGACGCCCCCUUCACCCUCACAUGGUUCGCCACCUCCUGGAACAGCCUCUUCUUCCCCCUCUAUUACAUCGGCCACCUGUGCAAGAGUCCGGAGAGGCAGACGCCCAGACAGAGAUUCAGGGAGUGCUGUAGGUUUUUCGGGGACGACGGGCUGACGCCCAAGGUGUUUUUCACCAAGGUGGCGCCCUUUGGCCUCCUGUGGAUCCUCACCAACUACCUGUACCUGCAGGCCCUCAGGAAGAUCAACACAACAGACGUGUCGGCGCUCUUCUGUUGUAACAAGGCCUUCGUCUUCCUGCUGUCCUGGAUUGUACUCAGAGACCGCUUCAUGGGGGUCAGGGUGAGUUCAGCUGCCC